AACAAAAAUGAUCAGUUCAAUUUUAGUGCUGGUACGCGACGGUCGAUUACUCUUCCGAAUAUUAAGUAAUUUGUAAAAAAAAAGAAAGAAACAAGAAGAAAAAAAAAAAACAAGAAGAAAAAAAAUAAAAGAAUUCUAAUUUUUUGUGAAAAGAAAAAAAGAAGAGGAAGAAGAAACAAGAGAAUUAGAAACAAAACAACUCAAAGUUAUAAUUAAUGACCCAAGUGAAGGCAACUACUACAACAACAACAGCACUGAAAGAGUAUUAAUGAAAAUUUGAAAUAGUUUUCUUUUGGAAAUUAAAUCAAGAGUGUGAGAAAAAGUGAGAGAGAGAGAAAAAAUAAGAGUGAAAAUUCCCAUUUGAGAGCGGAAAAAUCAAGCUAACAUUAUUAUGGCCCAUCUUAGAAAAGAAGAAUUAAACGAAAUAUAAAAAGUUUUUUAAACGAACUUGAAACGAAAAAGUGAUAUUUUUAAAAAAGAAGAAAUUUUAAUAAAAUAACAAAUUAAGAAAGCAAUAAAAAAGUAAUAACAUAAUAAAAGUAUUGGAAUAAUAUUGAUAAUAAAAAAGAAUAAUAGAAAAAAAAAAAAUACUAAAACAGAAUAAUUGCCCAGUUGGAAAAGUUUUGAAAAUUAGUAAAGCAGAAAAACAAUAACGAAAUGGUCUCAAAAAACGCCAAAAAGAAGCAGCAACAGCAAACAACUAAUGGCUCCUCAACAUCAUCAUCAUCCACAUCAGCAACAACCGUGCAGACAGUUGGAAAUCCUGGCAUAUCCUCCACCUCAAGGGGUGGCAGGUCGACACACAAGGAUUUGCAGGCCUCAACGGCCGGCGAUUUCUACGGCAUAUCGUCGGGCAGCAAAACCUACAAGGCAUCGUCCAGUAAAAAAUCAUCUGCCAUGACCAGCGAAACCAGUGUCAUCAAUGAAACCGGCCUAACCCAAUCAUCAUCAUUCUCCUCAUCCCAGUAUCACGCCGAGGCCAUGGAUGAAUUUUCCUCCACAAGUGGAAAAAUCAUCUCAUCCAUUGAUCUGGUCAGUGAGAGUGCCAGCCAAGAGCCCGUAUUCUCGGUACCCAUAGAUGUGGUGGAAAUCAACAAUACGGCAGCGGCCAAUACCAAACAACAAAUGUUCUCCAGCUCAUCGAAAAUGAUGUCUUCGUCCUCCUCCAAAUCUCAACAGAUAUCCUCUUCUUCAAGCUCCACAAAGGCUAUUCUCUCCGCCGAUGGCUUGGGGGAUGGUGGCGGUCAGAUUGUUGAGGUUGAGUUCCAACCCGAAACCGUGAUCAUUAAAGAUGAAUCAAUGGCCACAAAACAAGCUUACCAGUCAAUUGCCAAAACGAUAAAUGGUGCUACUGAAAUGACAUCAUCAUCGAUGUUGUCAAGCCAGUUUAAGGCCAACGAGUCUGUUAAUGGUCAGACCAUAAAUGAACAGAAUCACUCCAACACAGAAUAUUCUUCGUAUUCCACACCGAAUUAUAACAAACUGCCAUCCAUGGAUGGUGGUAAUACAAUGCUCUUAAAUUCACCCACAACCGGCGGGCAGCAGCCAUAUCAGGUCACCAUGCCCAUAACACCCACUACCUCGGAUUCGAAGAUAACUCAACAAGAUUUACAGAGCACAACCAAGUCUUCCACAAAUGAAUUUAUCAGCAGCAGCAGUAGUAGCAACAUACAACAACAACAUAUAAUUGAUCACCAAAUUAACACCAACAGCAACAAUUAUAGCAGCAAGGAGAUAACCGAAUCCACCACUCAAGAGAGUUUGAGCAAGAAGAGCACCUCCGUCAACAAGAAAGAGAUAUACGACAUCAAAACCAAAACAUGGACUGAAAUAAGCGACGAUCUGAGCACGGCCGGCAUCAACAAGAAGCAACCGUCGUACGAACGCUUCGUCAGCCAUGGCCAGGAUGGCACCUGUAAGGUGACUUACAAAAAGAAAAUCUACGAUCAACGCAACAAUCGGUGGCGCGUCGUUGAAGAGAAAAUCGUGGAUAAUGCCCACGACACUGGUUUCCCCGAAAUAGCCGAUGAUGUCAUUAAUACAACACGUACCACAUACACGACCAAAGUUUACGACUCUAAGCUCGGUCAGUGGAAGGUGGUCGACGAGAAGUCGUUUGUGGAUACCAAAGCUUAUGUACCGCAAGAUAUUGCUCGUGAAAUUGAAAAAGAUAAUACAGAUGUUGCCAAUAUUACGACAACAACGGAGAUAACCAAGAUUUAUGAUGCAAGCAUCAAUGACUGGCGCGUUUUGGAUGAGAAGACACGCACAGAUGUCAUUGAGAAGAUUGUUGAGGCACCGAAAAAGACCGUUUACAUCGAUGAAUUUGUGGAGAUCGAAAAGAAUUCUAAAAUUUUGGAGGAAAAUGAAAAUAUGGAGUACAAUUUGAAUAAGACUUCCAAACGUAAGGAUAUUACCGAGAAUAUCUACGAUGAAACGGACGAAAGGCUACAGAUCGUCAAUAAGAAUAAGAAGACAAUCGAUUCACGAAAAGAUGGAGUCGACAAAACAUGGAAAAGCACACACACUGAAAUGUGCAUCUGUGAGAUCUGUACUUGUGGGCGUCAUCAUUGCACAACCAGUGAUACAACAAAAACAACCAAAACCGAUUCUCUAACUGAAUCUUUGGACAUGGUUGACAAUGUUGAGACCAGAAUACGCACCAAUACAUGGUCAAAGGAUGACUAUGAGAAUAAUGAAUCUCUUACCACAAUCAGAAAAGGUCCCAAGGACUCUCCCAAGCCACUGCCAGAAGGACCACGUGAUCGCUAUACGGAUCGUUUGACCCAGGAUACGACUAUUCUUGAGAAUGAAGAAUACGAAUAUAUCGUUAGAACUCAACCAGUGCGACCACAUGACAAUCUGAAGCCUGAAGGUGACUUUUACAAGCCGGAAAAAGAGGAAUACCGACCAUCCGAGAGGCCUGCUCCCAUUAAGCCAGGUGAUAACCUAAGGCCUGAAGGUGAGUUCUAUACACCAGAAAAGCCGGGCUUUAGGCCAGCCGAAAGACCCAAACAGAAGAAGCCUGAAGACAAUCUCAAGCCGGAAGGAGAAUUCUAUGCACCCGACAAACCAGGUUAUCGUCCAGCUGAUCGUGUCGAACGAGUAGUUCAUACCGAUAAUCUUCGUACUGAAGGUGAAAUGACCUUCGUGGAGAAGGAAGAAUAUAAAUAUGUAACCAGACCAGAACCAGUUUUGAGACCAGAUAAUUUGAAACCGGAGGGUGAAUUUUAUACUCCCGAAAAACCGGGCUACAAGCCUGCAGAGAGGCCCCAACAACAGAAGCCUGAAGACAACCUGAAACCAGAAGGUGAUUUCUAUACCCCAGAAAAGGAGAAAUAUAAACCCGGUGAGCGUCCUUCUCAGGUACGUCCUGAGGACAAUCUACGUCCCGAGGGCGAAUUCUAUACUCCAGAGAAACCUGGCUUCAGGCCUGCUGAAAGACCGCAACAAAAGAAGCCAGAAGACAACCUCAAGCCGGAGGGUGAUUUUUACACACCUGAAAAGCCAGGCUUCCGUCCUGCAGAAAGGCCACAGCAAAAGAGGCCAGAAGAUAAUCUCAAACCGGAAGGUGAUUUCUACAAACCAGAAAAAUUACAAUACAAGCCAGGAGAACGUCCAAGCCAGGUUCGACCUGAGGAUAAUCUGAGGCCAGAAGGUGAGUUUUAUGCACCAGAAAAGCCAGGAUUCAAACCUGCAGAGAGACCACAGCAAAAGAAACCAGAAGACAAUCUCAAGCCAGAAGGUGACUUCUACACCCCAGAGAAGCCGGGAUACAGGCCUGCAGAAAGACCUCAACAAAAAAGACCAGAAGACAAUCUACGUCCAGAGGGUGAUUUCUAUGCUCCAGAUAAACCCCAUUACAAACCUGGUGAGAGGCCAACUCAGGUUCGUCACGAAGAUAACUUACGCCCAGAAGGCGAAUUUUACACACCUGAGAAGCCCGGUUACAGGCCUGCCGAAAGACCUCAACAGAAACGACCAGAAGAUAAUCUUCGUCCGGAAGGUGAUUUCUAUACACCCGAAAAACCUGGAUAUCGUCCAGCCGAAAGACCAGAACAAAAGAGACCAGAAGAUAAUCUGAAACCUGAAGGUGAUUUCUAUGCUCCGGAAAAACCGAAAUACAAGCCUGGCGAAAGACCUUCUCAGGUUCGUCCAGAGGAUAAUCUUCGUCCAGAAGGUGAUUUCUAUACACCAGAAAAACCUGGAUAUCGUCCAGCCGAAAGGCCAGAACAGAAGCGACCAGAGGAUAAUCUUAAACCUGAGGGUGAUUUUUAUGCACCUGAGAAGCCAAAAUACAAGCCAGGUGAAAGACCGUCUCAAGUUCGUCCUGAAGACAAUCUUCGUCCUGAAGGUGAUUUUUAUGCGCCCGAAAAACCCAAAUACAAGCCGGGAGAAAGACCGUCACAAGUACGCCCCGAAGAUAAUCUCCGCCCUGAAGGUGAUUUCUACACUCCAGAAAAACCCGGUUACCGCCCAGCCGAAAGGCCAGAACAGAAGCGACCAGAAGAUAACCUCAAACCGGAAGGCGAUUUCUAUGCUCCGGAAAAACCUAAGUACAAACCAGGCGAAAGACCUUCUCAAGUACGUCCUGAAGACAAUCUUCGUCCUGAAGGAGAAUUUUACACUCCAGAGAAACCAGGUUAUCGUCCAGCCGAACGUCCCGAGCAGAAACGACCAGAAGAUAACCUUAAGCCUGAAGGUGAUUUCUACGCUCCUGAAAAGCCAAAAUACAAGCCAGGCGAAAGACCUUCGCAAGUACGCCCUGAAGAUAAUCUUCGCCCUGAAGGUGAAUUUUACACUCCAGAAAAGCCCGGCUUCAAACCGGCAGAAAGGCCCGUACAAAAGAGACCUCAAGACAAUCUUAAACCCGAAGGAGAAUUUACAACCCCCGAGAAACCUCAAUAUCGUCCAGCAGAGAGAACUGAAAAGAUCAUCCAAAAAGAUAAUCUUCGCACUGAAGGUGAAAUGACAUUUGUGGAGAAAGAAGAAUAUCAGUACGUUGUUAGACCAACGCAAGUUCGUCCUGAGGAUAACUUGAGGCCCGAGGGAGAUUUCUACGCCCCAGAAAAGCCUGGUUAUCGUCCAGCUGAGAGACCGGUGCAGAAGAAACCUGAGGAUAAUUUGAAGCCCGAAGGAGAUUUCUAUGCCCCAGAGAAGCCUGGUUAUCGUCCAGCUGAGAGACCGGUGCAAAAGAAACCGGAAGAUAAUCUGAAGCCCGAGGGUGAUUUCUAUACCCCAGAAAAGCCUGGUUACCGUCCAGCCGAAAGACCUGUGCAAAAGAAACCCGAAGAUAAUUUGAAGCCCGAGGGUGAUUUCUAUACUCCAGAGAAGCCUGGCUACCGUCCAGCUGAACGGCCAGUUGCAAAGAGGCCAGAGGAUAACUUGCGACCUGAGGGAGAGUUCACUGUCCCCGAUAAACCCUCAUUUAGACCAGCCGAAAAAACCGAACGUAUUAUCCGUAAGGAUAAUCUAAGGACAGAGGGUGAAAUGACCUUUGUAGAGAAGGAAGAAUAUACAUAUGUCAAGAGACCAGAGCAAGUGCGUCCCGAAGAUAAUCUCAAGCCAGAGGGUGAUUUCUAUGCUCCAGAGAAGCCAGGCUACCGUCCUGCCGAACGUCCAGUUCAAAAGAAACCUGAAGAUAAUCUCAAACCUGAAGGUGAUUUCUACACUCCUGAGAAGCCAGGUUACAAACCAGCCGAAAGACCUGUGCAAAAGAAACCUGAGGAUAAUCUGAAACCGGAAGGAGAAUUUUACACACCUGAGAAGCCGGGAUAUAGACCAGCUGAAAGGCCAGAACAAAAGAAACCGCAGGACAACCUCAAACCAGAAGGUGAAUUCACUGUUCCUGAUAAGCCAACCUACAAACCUGCUGAGAAGACAGAGCGCAUCAUUAGGAAGGACAAUUUGCGCACAGAAGGUGAAAUGACCUUUGUCGAAAAGGAAGAGUACCAAUAUGUGCGAAGGCCAGAACAAGUACGGCCAGAGGAUAAUCUGAAACCCGAGGGUGACUUCUACACACCGGAGAAACCAGGCUAUCGACCAGCCGAAAGGCCACAACAAAAGAAACCUGAGGACAACCUUAAACCUGAAGGUGACUUCUAUGCUCCCGAUAAACCUGAAUAUAGGCCUGCCGAAAGACCACAACAAAAGAAGCCAGAGGAUAAUCUCAAACCUGAAGGCGACUUCUAUACUCCAGAGAAACCAGGUUACAGACCAGCUGAGAAGACAGAACGCAUUAUUCGAAAGGAUAAUUUACGCACCGAAGGUGAGAUGACAUUUGUCGAAAAGGAAGAGUACACAUAUGUCAAGAGGCCCGAACAAAUACGUCCUGAAGAUAACCUUAGACCAGAGGGAGAUUUCUAUACACCAGAUAAGCCGGGCUAUAGACCUGCCGAAAGGCCCAUGCAAAAGAAACCUGAGGAUAAUCUGAAGCCUGAAGGGGAUUUCUAUACGCCAGAAAAGCCUGGCUACAAACCAGCCGAAAGACCUGUUCAGAAGAAACCCGAAGACAACUUGAAACCAGAGGGCGAGUUUUACACUCCUGAGAAGCCCAAAUUCAUGCCAGGCGAAAGACCAUCUCAAGUUCGUCCUGAAGAUAACCUCCGACCUGAAGGUGAGUUUACUGUUCCCGACAAGCCUGAAUAUAGACCUGCCGAAAGACCGGUUCAAAAGAAACCAGAGGAUAAUCUCAAACCUGAAGGUGAUUUUUAUACCCCAGAAAAGCCUGGUUACAGACCUGCCGAAAGGCCGGUUCAAAAGAAACCCGAGGAUAAUCUCAAACCAGAAGGCGAAUUUUAUGCGCCAGAGAAGCCAGGUUACAGACCGGCUGAGAGACCUGUUCAAAAGAAACCUGAGGAUAACUUGAAGCCUGAAGGUGAUUUCUAUACACCGGAAAAACCCAAAUUUAUGCCAGGAGAAAGACCGUCCCAAGUUCGUCCUGAAGAUAAUCUCCGACCAGAGGGUGAAUUUACCGUUCCCGAUAAGCCUGAAUAUAGACCUGCCGAAAGACCAGUGCAGAAGAAACCUGAAGAUAAUCUUAAACCUGAAGGAGACUUCUACACACCAGAGAAACCCGGCUAUAAACCUGCUGAGAGACCGAUUCAAAAGAAACCCGAAGAUAACCUCAAACCAGAAGGCGACUUUUAUGCGCCAGAGAAGCCAGGUUACAGACCGGCUGAGAGACCUGUUCAAAAGAAACCUGAGGAUAACUUGAAGCCUGAAGGUGAUUUCUAUACACCGGAGAAACCCAAAUUCAUGCCAGGCGAAAGACCGUCUCAAGUUCGCCCUGAAGAUAAUCUCCGACCAGAGGGCGAUUUCACGGUACCAGAUAAGCCUGAAUACAGACCUGCCGAAAGGCCCGUGCAAAAGAAACCAGAGGAUAAUCUUAAGCCUGAAGGUGACUUUUACGUACCUGAACAGGUUAAAUUUUUGCCUGGUGAAAGGCCCAGCCAGGUCCGUCCCGAAGAUAAUCUCCGACCUGAAGGUGAGUUCUAUACUCCUGAAAAACCAGGUUAUCGUCCCGCUGAAAGACCCGUGCAAAAGAAACCUGAAGAUAAUCUCAAACCUGAGGGUGAAUUCUAUGCACCUGAGAAACUGGAGUUCAGGCCAGCUGAAAAGAUUGAACGCAUUAUAAGGAAGGAUAAUCUGCGUACCGAAGGUGAAAUGACAUUUGUCGAAAAGGAAGAAUACACCUACGUUAAGAGGCCGGAACAGGUUCGCCCAGAAGAUAAUCUGAAACCUGAAGGUGAUUUCUACACUCCAGAGAAACCUGGCUUCAGGCCAGCUGAGAGGCCAGUACAAAAGAAACCUGAAGACAAUCUCAAACCCGAAGGCGAUUUCUAUGCCCCAGAGAAACCUGGUUUUAAACCAGCUGAGAGACCUGUUCAAAAGAAGCCGGAGGAUAAUCUGAAGCCAGAAGGUGAAUUUUACACUCCAGAAAAACCCAAAUUCUUGCCAGGUGAAAGACCAUCUCAGGUUCGUCCAGAAGAUAACCUACGACCAGAGGGUGACUUUACGGUACCAGAUAAACCUGAAUAUAGACCAGCUGAGAGACCAGUACAAAAGAAACCUGAAGACAACCUUAAGCCAGAGGGCAGUUUCUAUGUUCCAGAACAGAUUAAAUUUAUGCCCGGCGAACGCCCAUCUCAAGUUCGUCCCGAGGAUAACCUAAGACCGGAAGGCGAAUUUUACACACCAGAGAAACCAGGUUUCAGGCCAGCUGAAAGACCUGUACAGAAAAAACCAGAAGAUAAUUUGAAACCAGAGGGAGAUUUCUACACACCUGAAAAACCAGGUUAUCGUCCCGCUGAGAGACCUGUGCAGAAGAAACCGGAAGAUAAUCUUAAGCCGGAAGGUGAUUUCUAUGCUCCGGAGAAACCGAAAUACAAGCCUGGCGAAAGACCAUCACAAGUUCGUCCUGAAGAUAAUCUUAGACCAGAGGGCGAGUUCACCGUGCCUGAUAAACCAGAAUAUAGGCCAGCAGAAAGACCCGUUCAGAAGAGACCUGAAGAUAACCUCAAGCCUGAAGGCGAUUUUUACACUCCCGAAAAGCCAGGAUAUCGCCCUGCUGAACGAACUGAAAUUAUUGUCAGGAAGGAUAACCUUCGCACAGAGGGUGAAAUGACAUUCGUAGAAAAGGAGGAAUAUAAAUACGUUAAGAGACCAGAACCUGUUAAGCCCGGUGACAACCUAAAACCCGAGGGUGAAUUUUACACUCCAGAGAAGCCAAAAUUCUUGCCCGGUGAACGACCGUCACAAGUCAGACCAGAGGAUAAUCUCAAGCCUGAAGGUGAAUUUUAUACUCCAGAGAAACCCAAAUUCAUGCCUGGAGAGAGACCGAGUCAAGUUCGUCCUGAAGAUAAUUUGAAACCAGAGGGAGAUUUCUAUACACCUGAGAAACCUGGCUUCAGACCAGCUGAGAGACCAGUUCAAAAGAAACCGGAAGACAAUCUGAAACCUGAGGGAGAUUUCUAUACACCCGAAAAACCAGGUUACAAACCGGCUGAAAGACCUGUUCAGAAGAAACCCGAAGACAAUCUUAAACCCGAAGGUGAUUUCUAUGCACCAGAGAAGCCUGGAUUUAAACCCGCCGAAAGACCUGUGGCCAAGAAACCCGAGGAUAAUUUGAAGCCCGAGGGUGAUUUCACUGUGCCAGAUAAGCCAAGCUAUAAACCUGCCGAAAGAGUUGAGAGAAUUAUUCGUAAAGACAAUCUCCGCACUGAGGGUGAAAUGACGUUCGUAGAGAAAGACGAAUACACCUACGUUAAGAGACCAGAACAGGUGCGUCCUGAAGAUAAUCUCAAGCCGGAAGGCGAUUUCUAUACUCCCGAAAAGCCGGGUUAUCGUCCAGCUGAAAGGCCAGUACAGAAGAAACCUGAGGAUAAUUUGAAACCCGAAGGUGAUUUCUAUGCUCCCGAAAAGCCGGGCUAUCGUCCAGCCGAGAGACCAGUUCAGAAGAAACCGGAAGACAAUCUCAAACCAGAAGGUGAUUUCUAUUCCCCUGAAAAGCCCAAAUUCCGACCUGGCGAAAGACCUAGUCAGAUUCGUCAUGAAGACAAUCUGAAGCCAGAAGGUGAUUUUUACGCCCCAGAAAAGCCGGGUUAUCGUCCUGCCGAAAGACCAGUUCAAAAGAAACCGGAGGAUAAUUUGAAACCCGAAGGUGAUUUCUAUGCUCCAGAAAAACCAGGAUAUCGUCCAGCUGAAAGGCCGGUCCAAAAGAAACCUGAAGACAAUCUCAAACCCGAAGGCGAUUUCUAUACUCCUGAGAAGCCUGGCUAUAAGCCCGCCGAAAGACCUGUUCAGAAGAAACCUGAAGAUAAUCUCAAGACAGAAGGUGAUUUCUAUACUCCUGAAAAGCCUGGUUAUAAACCUGCUGAAAGACCAGUACAAAAGAAACCUGAAGAUAACUUAAAACCCGAGGGUGAAUUUUAUACUCCCGAAAAACCAGGCUAUAAACCGGCCGAAAGAACUCAAAAGGUCAUUCGCAAGGAUAAUUUGCGCACCGAGGGUGAAAUGACAUUUGUCGAAAAGGAAGAAUACAAAUAUGUCAAACGUCCCGAACCAGUUAAGCAAACGGACAAUCUGAAGCCAGAGGGUGAAUUCUAUGCACCGGAAAAACCAAAAUUCCGUCCAGGCGAAAGGCCAUCACAGGUACGUCCUGAGGAUAAUUUAAAACCGGAGGGAGAAUUUUAUUCCCCCGAAAAACCCGGUUUCAAACCCGCCGAAAAGGUAAUACCAAAGAAACCCAAGGACAAUUUGAAAACCGAAGGUGACUUUGUGCGUCCCGAGAAGACCCAAUUCAAACCGGCUGAGAAAACCGAACGCAUUGUACGAAAGGAUAAUUUACGCACUGAAGGUGAAAUGACCUUUGUUGAGAAGGAGGAGUACAAGUAUGUUAAGAGACCUCAACCUGUAAGGCCCGAGGACAAUUUGAAACCUGAGGGUGACUUCUACACUCCCGACAAGCCCGGAUACAAACCAGCCGAGAGACCAGUACAAAAGAAACCUGAAGACAAUUUGAAACCGGAGGGUGACUUCUACACUCCCGACAAGCCCGGUUACAAACCAGCCGAGAGACCCGUGCAAAAGAAACCUGAGGAUAAUCUCAAGACCGAGGGCGACUUCUAUACUCCCGAAAAGCCUGGUUUUAGACCCGCCGAAAAGCCGGUGGUUAAGAAACCCAAAGACAAUCUAAAGCCUGAAGGCGAUUUCUAUACACCUGAAAAGCCAGGUUAUAAGCCGGGCGAAAGAACUCAGAAAAUUGUGCGCAAGGAUAAUCUACGCACGGAGGGUGAAAUGACAUUUGUGGAAAAGGAGGAAUACAAACAUGUUAAACGUCCAGAGCCUGUUAAGUUCAAGGAUAAUCUGAAGCCAGAAGGAGAGUUUUAUGCACCCGAGAAACCGGGUUUCAAGCCUGCCGAGAGACCGGUGCAAAAGAAACCUCAGGACAAUUUGAAACCAGAGGGAGAAUUUACGGUACCCGAUAAGCCUGGAUACAAACCCGCCGAAAGGACCACCAAGGUCAUACGUAAGGAUAACUUACGUACAGAAGGUGAAAUGACAUUUGUGGAGAAAACCAAAUAUGUAGCUGGCGAGAGGCCCAAACAGGUGCGCCAUGAAGAUAAUCUCAAGCCAGAAGGCGAGUUCUAUACUCCAGAGAAGCAGGGCUUCAAACCUGGCGAAAGACCAGUUGCCAAGAAGCCUUCGGAUAAUCUCAAACCGGAGGGAGAAUUCUAUACUCCCGAGAAGCCUGGCUUUAAGCCUGGUGAGAGACCUGUGGCCAAGAAACCGGUAGAUAAUUUGAAACCGGAGGGAGAAUUUGUGACCCCCGAAAAACCAGGCUUCAAACCGGCUGAAAGGGUGCAACGUGUUGUGCGCAAAGAUAAUUUACGUACCGAGGGUGAAAUGACCUUCGAACAAAAGGACACCUAUCAAUAUGUCAAGAGGCCAACACCAAUUAAGCCAAGCGAUAAUCUCAAACCUGAAGGAGAGUUCUAUAAGAAAGAAAAGGAUGCCGGUCCUAGAGAUGUUGUGGACCGUGUAACACCCAAGAGGCCGGUGGAUAAUCUCAAAAUGGAGGGAACCAUGGAAAUUACCCGCAAAAAUCAAACUAAGACCGAUCACACGGCAACCACGGUACGCCAAACUACAAAGAAGGUAGUCCACAACAGCUCCUCGAUUAGUUUGGGUUCAGACACGUCCAUUCUGAAGACCACAAAUCAGAUGAGUUAUGCCUCGAGUAAAAACGCUGUACCCGUGGCCGAUUUGAAUACUCAAAAACCGGCUGAUGGCAUGGUGAUAGUCUCCACUAAGCGGGUGACCACCGUUAUUGGCAGCAAAAACAAAAAGGAACCCGAAACUCAAUAUGUUCGUCGCCAGGGCAAGGUCAAUGUCAUUGAAAAUGUCGAGAAAUCCACCAAGGUGAAGAAUGUUAAAAACGUGGAAAAUGUCUACAAUGAAGAUGUAUCGAUGACCCAGAAUCGUGUGAGUACCGCCAAGAAGAGCAUCCAGCAACAUGACGUGAACGAUGUUAGCAGCACAAAUGUUGUUAACAGAAAGGUUAUGCAGAGUGACGUUAACAGUCACGAACAACAUAAUCACCAUCACCACCACCACCAUCAUCAUCAUGAUGCCAGUGGUAAUCAUACCCAUGUCCAUAAGAAUAUUGUGCAUCACGAAACUUGUCCGGUGGUCCAAAGGAAUUUGCUCCACACCACCAGCGGUGGCAGCAGUAGUGAUACCAAACAUGUGACCACCACUGAUGGCAGCAGCGUUACUCAAAAUGGAGUGAGUGGCACUACCAUAAUUAAGGGUGGUGGAAGUCGUACAGUAACCUCCACGGUUACUCAGCACACCGACAAGGAAUCCACAUGCCUGGCCAGCAAAAUGACAUCUUCCAGUAAUAAAAUCCACUCGGAGGGAUCAACAACGACCACACGUCGGGUUACCAAUGUUAAUCAACGUAAUGGCAAUGGCUCUGAUAUGAAGAGCCUGAUAAGUGGUGGAGGUGGUGGAAGUGAUACAUAUAAUGUCACCACCAAAAUUACCAGAAAUGGUGGCACUGCAGAAAAUGGUCAUCUGGUCCAAUCGUCGUCAAAAUCCAAUAUCAGUUCCAACAUCACCGAAAGCACCAAUGCCAACACAUCGUCCACCAGCAUGUCGACAAGUAAACAAUUCCAUCACCGUAAGACCGAGUUCUCUUCCGAAUCGAAUGUGGCCAAUACGAUUUUGCAACGUAAGUCGACUCCCACAGAAUCGCAGCAAUUUGGUAGCCUCUCCUCCAAUGCCAAAAUUCAUCGUAAGAGCAUCAUGAAUCUAAAUGAACAGCCAUCGAGUUCAUGGUUCCCCAGUGAAAGACAAAGCUACAGCAGCCUGCAUCGUCAGAAGUUAGAAUCUGAGGGUGGCAACAGUUCAUGUGCCGUCCACAAUGCCUCGGAGCGUCGUAGUCACACUGCCAUACACCGUGAAACAAAGGAGUUGCAACAGAGCAACAAGACGGCCUCUUCGAACGCACAUCAUACCCAUCAUCAGCAUCACACAACAACAAGUGCUGUCGAUUUUCCCUCGUAUCGGACCAGUGAACGUGUUGUGACACGUCAUCGUGGCAAUCAAUCGACAUUCUCAUUGGGUGAUUCCGAAUCAUCGUCCUCCGUUUCCAGUAAUUAUAAAAUGGAAUAUAAAACAGUUCCAGUCACAACCUGUACUGUGCAUAAAAUAACACAAGGUGCAUUCCAACAAUCUAGGGAUACUACUCAAGAGCAUAAAUUUUUCAAAACUACCAAGUAACAGCAAUAACAACAACAACAACCACUAAUGAUAAUAAUCUGUAAUUAUAUAAGCAUGUAACAUAAUCUAAAAAAGAAACAAUAAUAAUGAACACGUAUACAUUAUAUAGAUAUUUAGGAUCCGUUUAACCCUUAAACCGGUAAAAGAGGAAAAAAAAAAACAAUUUAAUAAGAAAUUUAAUUAAAGACAAAAACAUGUUUGAUAUUUUGUAAAAAACAAAUCUUAAUUUAUAUUCAAUUCCCACAAAGGAAAUCCCAGGAUCGUCUCUCUCUAUUGCCAUAGUGAUUUAAGGGUUAAUCAUUUACAUUUAUUUUGUAUUUCCGUUUGAAAUUUCUCUCUCAUAUUUUUGCACCCAAAAAGAAUAUGAGUCAUUCCAAUAACAAAUUCAAUUAUAUAUUGAUAUGAAGCCAAUACAAUCCGUUUAUAUUUUUUUUUAAUUGUUACAUAUUUUUUUUGUAUUUACAUCACAACAAACAUUACUGAGUCUUUAUCCCUGGGAUUUAAUUUUUAUUUUAUUUUAUUCUUUAUUGUUUUUAAUGUUGUAUCUAUUAUUCCACAAUAUUAUUACUAAUUGACCAAGCGCAUAAUAAAACUACAUUUUUUAAUAUACGUAUAUAUAUUUACUACAUACAUAUAUUUUUAUACAUUCAAACAAAACAAGAAAUUAUUAUGUAUUAAUUAUAAUGAACAAAAACCACUGCUCGAAAAUAAAUAACA